GAUACAAUGCCUUUGAAAUGUCAAUUUCGUUAUCAUUUAUAAAUAUUUUAUUGGAGUUUGAAAAUCUACGUGGUGCGAAUCAAUGUUUAAUGUGUAACCAUUAAUUUAACUGAUUUAUUCGAUUCAACGCAUAUUUAUAUAAAUAAUGAAAGCAGAACAAUGAAGAGAAAAAUUGUUAAAUUAAGUAAAUAAUGAAUAUAAUGAAAGCCGAAAAUUGAAUAACUAAAUUGUGAACGGAUUGGUAGGUAACACAAAUGCGUGAUUUUCGUUUAAAUACAAUGAAUUGAUACUAAAAAAAUAAACCGCGCAUCAUUGUGAAUGUGCAAUCCUCUAGAGCAUUUUGAAAAAAUAACGUACAUCUCGCUUGCGUUUUAGAAGAAAACGAUUCUUUUAUAAUUUAAACGCGCUACAUAUUAUUUGAAAGAAAAAAAUACAGGUUAUUCGUCUCGUGCGAAAAUUUAUUAAAUGAGAAGCCUGGACGUUGCAAAAAAUGCAAUAAUUGCCCAUAUACAUAUGCAAGAUAUUGUAAUUAUUUUAAUUAAAACAAAUAUACAAAUAAUAACAGCUAAAGAAUAUUAAGUAAAAAUACUACAACGCAAUAAAACAAUACGCAAGAUGAAGACUUCAAGAAGAACGUGUGCACUGAUGCUUUUUAUAGCGUUUGUCUCUUUGACGGCACGAAAUGCACGUGCAUCACGGGGUGUGAAGGCGGCCGGACCGGAUAUUCUCAAAGCGGAUACGUACGGGCGGACGCAGAAGAACACCAUUCCAGGCUGCUGGCUGGGUGACCAGUUCUACUUAGUAGGUGACGUAUGGAGUCCGAUCAUUGAACCACGAGGAAAAGUGCCCUGUGUGAAAUGCCAAUGCGCACAGGUUGUGAAGCAAGGUUUCGUAACUCUAGAAGGUCGUGUCGUCUGCAGAAACAUAGAGAGUUAUUGCCCACCUACUGCGUGCAGGGAGCCAUACAGACCGACAGGGGCGUGUUGCAGGAAAUGUCAUACACAAGGAACUACAUUUAGCGUAAUUCCUGAGAUCGCUGCGAGGAGUGACCCUAAUAUAUAUGCCAAUAGCAAUAACGACGACAAUGGGAAUAUUGGCGAUCUGCUACCAAUAGAUCAGGGCCGCCAGACAGACACAUUUGCAUCCGAUACAGCAUUAACGGCCUUGUUAGUGGGGCGUGGAUUUCAACGCAGAGGCCGUAGGCCAGUGCAAACCAACGCGGUUGCAAUGGUGCACAUUCUAGAUAUGGCACUAUCAUCACUCAGAUUUUCUCUUCGAUUUAGCAGGUUGAAAGACCCUAUGCUGUUGAAAAUCACGAAUAUAAACGGUGAUAUUCUAAUCCAACAACGUCUUCCGAAACAAUCUACAAGAAAUGGUGUGAUAUAUGGGGCGAUCAACAACAUAACAUUAGAAACAACACGUCGGAUAAGUGAACACUCGACAUUUGCCAUCAUAACGACAUCGAACUACAAGAGAGGAGAACUGUUUGGGAUACUGCGACAAAAUAAGUUCUCAAACAUAGCAACAUUUGAAGCGCUACUGGGGCCCGAAUCCAAUCGAGGAUCCGGUGGACUGGUGACAAUGUUUUACGAUUCACAGUCGAACGUGGCAUCAUUUUCUAUAAAGCUUGAAGGCAUGCCUGCUGACAAAAGUCUUCCAUCUGCCUACAUUGUGACAUUUGAAAAGUCUGCAGAGAUUCUAUAUCAACACAUAUUACGCUUUUCAAAAGAGAGGAAGCAGAUGAUUGGUCAGUUAGCUAUAAGCAGAACAAUGUCGAAGCAAAUAGCACGAGGAAAAAUGAAGGUUCGAGUCACAGCUCGUGACGGACAUUCGAUUAUAGGACAUUUGAAACCGAGGCUGAAUAGAGAUGGUUACCUAUCUGUUUUCAAAAUCGGAGGAUUUUCGGGCCACGUUUUAUUAAACCUCGUUGAAGACGGAUCAAUUGAGUACAAGAUAGUGUUCGAUGGUACCAUUACGAAAGAUGUAACCGUUGAUCUACAACGACUCCUGGGUACAAAAGGUCAAUGGGAACACUUCAUAACGAUGACAACGAGAUCUGCCAUUCACCAGAGUUCAUUGAAGAGCGAGAGCGGUACAUACAGAAGAGUCCGGGCUCGAGAUAUGGUUGCGAUACUUACAAAUGCUAUUCGACUAGAUGUUACCUUUGGAGAAGACAGAGACUUUUUCUACUUUACUCAGUUUCCGCAAGCGGCAGAUAAUGCCUUUGAAGGAUCAUAUCACGUUUUACGUCCGGCUGAUCAACGAUGUUCCGGGGAAAUCCGGAUGUUUUCGAAUAUAAGACCCGACUGCACUGUGAGCUUUUUCUUGGACAUAUCAGCACCAUCAUUUGAAACAGGCGAGAAACUGACCAUGUCAUUUGAAACGCAAACAGUUAGAACACAGCACCUUAAUAAGCCCUGGGGCAUUAUUGGCGACCUGGCAGCCGAUUUGUAUUCCGAACUAAACGGCGGAAAGCUUGUCGCAAGUGUCAACAUUUCAAACGAUCCCUGUGACACUUUUUCCGGGAUGGUAUGCCUUUUCACGAGUAAAAAAAUACAGACUCCCAAUCGUUGCUGGUCAACGGCUGACAAUCCAUUUUAUGCAACAGACAGUGGCAAGCCCCAGACUGGUCCAAAUCACGGUAGUUCUGCCCCAUUUAGAUGUUACUAUGGAGGGCAGUUUUACGAGCAUGCGCAGUCGUGGGUUCCUGAUGAAGGCAAGGCAUGCGUGACGUGCAUGUGUAUCCGAGGUGACGUGCGCUGUGAUGACGUCAUGUGCCCCGCAACCCCUUGUAAAUAUCCUGUACAACGACCCGGAGAAUGCUGUCUAGUCUGUGAAGAGGACAACGAAACUGAGUACAGACACACAGGCAGCUGUUAUUACGAAGGAGACAAGCGCUGGCAUCCGGUCGGUAUCUUCUGGCACCCGUACGUGCCACCCUUUGGGUAUUCCAAGUGUGCGAUAUGCAGCUGCAUGGAAGGAACACUCGAGGUGAAUUGCACCCGUUUACCAUGUCCUGCAUUGUCAUGUGACCUGGAAAAACGAUACAGAAUAAAUAGAGAUGACUGUUGCCAAGUGUGUCCAGAUGAUGCUGGCAUAUUAGAAAAUACAAUUAGUAUUGAGUCAAAAUCACAGAAAACAAAAGAUUGCAUGUUUGGAACCAAGAAAUACCAGCAUGCAGAAAAAUGGCAUCCGCUGCUACAUCCAUUUGGUGAAAUGAGUUGUUACAUUUGUUCAUGCAAGAGCGGCAAAUCAAAAUGCAGAAAGAAGAGUUGCCCCAUUCUCGAGUGCAAGGAUCAAUAUACUCCAACUGACGCAUGUUGUCCAAUUUGUAAAGAUAAAAGACAGAGUGGUGCUUAGGAUCGAGCCAAGCGAAGAAGAGACAUAUUUUAAUUUAUGUAAAUCAUUUGUAAAUUAUUUAUGUAAAUAUCGUUAAUAUCCUUAUUGCUAUUAAAUAAAAAUAUUAAUAUUU